UUCCAAGAAUUGUUUUUGCUAAAAGAGUUUUUUUGACUUGUUUUAAAUUUUAAACUAGUAACAAUUUAAUAUUAUUUGAAAACACAUUGUGUAAUGCUUAAUAAUACAUUUAAUAACAUUGCAAUGUACGGUUGAUAAAAAACUUUCAAUAAAAAAAAUAACGUGCUUAUAUACUGAUAAAGAUGCAGAGACAUUCUAAAAUUUAAAUACAUUUAUAUUUCUAUGGGAAUAAAUUCGUAAUUUAAAUUUGUUAUAAAUUUUUACAACCAAAAACAAAAAUAUCCUUAUAAAUGCUCAACGUAUAAUGAAAGUAAAAAUAUAUAUAUCAACGCAGUAUUAUUAAUUCAAACAAAAAAAUUAACAACCUUCGUCACGAGGUAAAAAAUAUUUAAUUAUUGCAAAAUUAAAAUUUUUGUUAAACAAAAUUAAACUGGCACAUUUAAAAAAGUAAGAACUGCAUACGUUUCAAUAUAUUCUGAUAUCAAUGGUCGUACAUUCUGAUAAUUGCAUCGAAAAUUAAACCAUAUAAUGUACAAAACUUCGUUAGUUGUAUUAUGUUUUUAAAAACUCGAAUCGUUACAAUAACGUGUCAAACUAUAACUUCUAUUAUAAGUGAACAAAAUGUUGUUUCGUCUGCAAUAUGAAGAAAAAAUAAUGUAUCAGUUUUUAUAUUUUAAUGGUGAACAUGUUGAUUACUUCUUUCAAACUAUAAUUUACAAUCAACACUCUAAAACCAAAACAAAAUUGGAUUGAUGUAGCCGUUUUUUGUUUUGUAUUACAACUUGUAACAGAAAAUAUUUCCGAUGCAUAUCAAAAUAUUUUGGACCAUAUGCAGUACGCAAUAGAAGUGACAAAACUCUUAAAGAGCUUAUUAACGUAAAGUACAAAAUAAAUUAAAUAUUAUUUUAACCCACUACUUCUUAAAUAUAUUCGAUACAUAUUAAUAAUUUAAUGUCUUAUCCGACACAAAAUGUUUCAACUUGGUGUUUCACAACCACUAUAUGUAUAGGAUGUCCCAAUAAUAUUAAGAAAUUCUUCAGGUUUGUUUUAAUAUGUAGAAUAAUAGUUAUAGUUUCCCCACAGUUUUAUUCCAGACCAUUUUGAAUUGUUUUUCGCUGUUGCUAGGUACACGCUAAAGUGUACAAAAAUCAAAAAAUUAUAUACACGCGAAACGUCAUAUUGCUGUGGUGGGAGGUGUUUAUGUGAAUGCAUGUUGUUUGUUUUCAUUUACGCCGUGACUAGCAGCUAACAGUAGUAUGUUAUAAACCUAGAAGCAAAUUUCACAUACAUGAACAAAUAAUAAUAAUAAUGCCGUGACAACAAGAAAAAGAAGUAACGAAUUCUCGUUCUUAAUCCAUACUUGGCUACGCCGACCGGCAUGGACACAGCUCACCUACUCUGUCAAGACGUUUCGCGUGUAUAUAACUUUUUGAAUUGGGAACAAGUUAGCGUGUACCUAGACACUGUGAUUGUUUUUCCCUAGAAUCUCAGAUUAUCCAAAUGUCAAAUCAAUUUUGUUGUCAGCAAAAAUGGAGCAACUGGGCGAAUAAAGAAUUGUGGCAUAAUUUAUUUAUUUAAUAAUACACCACCAUAACGUGCGCCUUAUACAGGGUGGGAAAAUACAAUUAUAAUAGUGAACAGUAUAUUAAUAAAACUCUCAAAUAUGAUCAUCUUCAAUAAAAUAUAUUUUGAGUUAUAUUUGUCUCACAGUAUUAAUAUUUUCAAUAUUAUUACCACACUGUAUAAGUUCCUAAAGUAUUUUUCAGUAUUCUUGGAACAACCUAUAUAUCCUCUGAUCUUGUUAACAAAAUAGUCGUAAAGGACUCUAAAUGUAUAAACACUUUCCCAAAAUAGAAUAAAAACUAAAAUAUAUAGAAAAUAAGUUUCAACUUUUUUUACGUAUAAAUAUAAUCGACAAAAUACAUAUUGAUUCACACAAAUUUGCUGUCUUUUACUUACGCUUUUUCUAAUUAGGAAAACUUGAUUUUUUUAGAGACAGCUACACAGUCAGAUACAAGUAGUUUCGUUUAUUCAGUUAAAAUUUGUGAUAAAAAUAUUACAAACCCUUUAGAUUUGAUGUCCUAAAAAACAAAACUAGUUUGCUCUAUAUAAUUCUCCUAAUUACAUCACAACACUCAAUGUAGUUAUUUAAAAUUAUUUAUUCAUAUUAUUAACGAAAUGUAAAUAACGACAUAACUCGUGAAUCAAUCUGUAUUCGAAACACUAAAAAAAUUCAGACAAGGCUUCUUAUUAAAAUAAUUUUUUUGACUUUUAUUAGUAGUAAUCAAAUCUAAAAACCUAUUUCCAUGGCCAAAGUUCAUUUAGUUUAACAGACGACAUUCACUGGAUAAAAGAAAGAUUUCUGCAUGCGGUGAAUAUUUGAUAUUUGUACAUAGAAAUGCAUUAUCGAUUGCUUGUUGUAGAUACAUUUUCCCGUCAUUAUUACAGUAAUUCAUCUAUUUCUAAUUCGAUUUUGGAGUAUUUUUUAGCUUGCUACCUGAAACCCCAAACUAUGAUUCUACAUUGAAGCUUAACUCCUCUAACCAAUCGCUUGUCACCUCUUCAACAGAUUUUAAUCUGUGAAGAAAGUAAGGGAAAUUAAAUCCCAGGAAAGUGACGAGGCCAAUACUAAUGCUAUUCCCCAAAUCUUAAAUAUCCUACGAAAUAUACAACGAAACAGCCAAAAUGGAAGCAGGAGAUGCUUCAAUUGCAGAAGAGUCGGACACCUUCAAAGAACCUGUAGAAGCAUGGCCCAUUCUAUAAAUCGAGAAUCAGCGAAUGAGACUGGAAAAUCAUAAAAAUCAAUCUUUCCAAGCCCAUCACUAAGACCAAUAAGAAUUAAUUAUAGCAGUUAUGCGUCCUGAAGAAGCCAAUCACUCACACCGAGCCGGCUUUCUAACAAUAACCAGAAAGUAGAGCAUCGAGGAGGUCUCCAUAGCAAUGCAGGCAUUCUCUUCGGGCAACCCCGUUUAGAGGAACAAUGCUGGUAUGGUAAAAGGCUCGAAGAACGAGAAGAACCGGUUGAUAAAGUUACUCUUCGGGCCACUACUAUCAAGCCGGAGGGCGACGAAGAAGAAAUCGCCCUUGAAAGUCUGAGACAGGGGCAGAAGAAAGACAAGGACUUAAAGGUUGUCCGAGAAUGGCCCAAAAAUAAAGUCACACCUACUUGGAAAGAGAUAGCCAAAUACAGUAGAACUAUAAAAGGCUACUGGACCCAGUGGGAUUCCCUGUAUCUUCACGAUGGCCUAUUGCACCGGAAGUGGGAGAGCCCCGAUGGAGUACAUGUAGUCCGCCAAGUGAUACUGCCGAGGUCACAGGUGAGAAAAGUAUUGGAGGAGCUUCAUAGCAGCCGUUCAGGAGGACACUUUGAUACUAAAAGGACACUGGCACGAGUUCGGGAAAGAUUUUAUUGGGUCAAUUGCCGACGAGAUGUAGCGGAUAUUGGUGUAAAAAAUGUGAUGUAUGCAAUGGCAGAACAAAGGUCUAUGGAUUCGCUCGGGAACGACUGAAAGCCCACACCGAUAAAGCAGAAGCUAGAAUCGACAGGCGUGCCACAGAUACACAUUUUGAGAGGGGCGACAAGGUAUGGUUGUGCAAUCCCAAGCAGCGAGGAGGACUUCAUCAGAAAUCGCAGCGGAACUGGGAAGGCCCCUACUCCGUCCAUAAGGAAAAUUAACGACCUGAUCUGCCGCAUUCAACUGUCAGCGGGAAGUAAAUUCAACGUAGUUCACAUUGGGAAGAUAGCUCCAUCCCAUGGUCCAGAUCCUCUCCAUUGGUUCCAACUAGGUCCCAGUAGUCAAGUUAUUCGGGGCGAAUAACUAGAGAGGAGGGAGCAAUAUUACGCAGCACCCUGCGGCUAUUAUAGGAAACGUACAGAUAGAAAAAGAAGUGAAUCAACACAAUCUAAUUCAUCCAAACUAUCAUCAAUAAUUAUAAUACUAUUCUCAUUUGAAUUAUUUUUUUUAGAAUUGUUUGAACCUUUUUCUGUUAUUUUUAACCAUGGUGUACCCUUACGUUCAGUUAUUCAUUUGGUUUGAAUUUCAUUGUUUGGUGUUUCAAACUGGUUUUCUGGACAAUUCUGGAAUAUUCUAUCUUGUAUGUUAUUUUUAUAUUGUAUGUGUUAUUUUUAUAUUUUAUAUACUGUAUAUUUUAUUGUCAAUAAUUUCUUUGUGUGUUGUAAUGAUUAAUAUGGAAUUAUUGGUUUUUACGAUAAUCAAGAAAACCUUAAGCCCAAGAGCGGGUGCUGAAUAUUUCGAAAAGAUCUUGGACAAUGAAAUUACUAAAAUCGAAACAAUAUGUGACAAAUGGGAAAAAUACAAAGCCGAAAAUGAAAUGGCCGAAGAAACCACGAAUAUGAUCAACGUUGCAACAGGCCAGCCCAGGCUAAUUAUUGCCAAAAAAUUUGAGCAAUUCAGAGGGCUCAUCAACCAAUGUAAGCUUUGUACUUUUAAAGAUCAAACGUGCCGCCUCAGAGUGCCAAUUGUUAGAUAUACUGGGGUAUUAACGUUAAAUAUUUGUGAAGAUUUCAGAAACUAUGGAUAUAGAACAUUCUUGACAGGUAAUGACAUUUCUGGACUAUUCUAUCUUCUUUUACUUGUACUUUUACUUAUGACGACCGCAGCACACUGUAGGGCGAUGAGUAACAUUCCACUUCUUUUUCUAUCUGUACGUUUUCUAUAAUAGCCGCAGGCUACUGCAGGGUGCUGCGUAACAUUAUGUAAAGUACAAUGUAUUUUUAGAUAUUUAUUGUUUUAUACAAAAAGAUAUAACUUAUGCAGGGUACUCUGUUGGUCAGACUAUUUGUAAAGAUCUCGUCUACCGUCUAUUUUAUAAAAUUAAAAUUUUGGUUAGAUGAGAUUUUUAUUUUUAAUUUGGCCUCAGUGAGUUAUAAAUUGACGUUAAUUUUAUUCCUUCUGAUCAUAAGCUACAUAAUAAUGGAAGUAGUCCGAUCACUUCCGUGAUGGCAGAUAAAGAUUAGGUAUAUCAAGAAAUAAAUGCAUUUCUAUCAUUAAACAUUCACUAUACAUAUAAAAAUCUUCUGGAACUGUUUGACUUAAGUAAUGCGAAAAUAUUGUAUAUUAUUGAAAUAAGUAAAUUAUUUUUACCGAGAUAAAAAUUCAUCUUUUAAAUGGUAAAUGCCUAAAAUAUCCUCAAAAAACAAUGAUUUUUACACUGCCUACUUUGACAAGGUUUGAGAAGCAAAUAUAGGAACAACUAAUUGUGUUGGCAAUAAGUUUGUGAUACAUUUUUGUAAUUUUUUUUUUAUCCUGGUCAGACAUGUAUAUUUUGCUGACAAUUCUAUAAAAUACAGUAUUGGUAAGAUCAAUCAUUUGGUCUUAUUUUGCUUAUGUCGAAGUGAAUAAGAGUUUGCAUGUGCAGCAGAAUAACCUAUAUAGUUUAAAUUUUGCUUAUUUUACGUCACCGACCUAGAACUGGCAACAUUGAUUCUAUAUCGUUUCCUCUCCUGUAUAUGCCAACACCAUUUAUUAAUUACCCCAACACAAGCAAAGGAGAUGCAAAGGUUUGAUCUUGCAAGCAUAGUAUAGUGACAACAUUUUCAGAUAUAGAACAUUACCAAUUCAGUCAUUUUUUGAGGCAUUUAUAUACCUACUUUAUAUAUAGCAAUAAUUAGUGAUCAAGUGUAAAUAGGGGUUUGAUCGAUUCCUUGCUCUUUAUAUGACUUACUAUAAUGCGACAAUAUUCAAUAAAAAUAUUCAGAGAGACACUUAUUCAGUCUUAUUAUUAAUUAAAUUUGACAUUGGAAUAUAUUAAAAAAAAGGUGCCCAUAAUUGACAGCAAAAAUAUAACAUGGUGUUUAGAUUUGAUUACCUUUUAGAUUAAGAUUAAAAUCCACAACUGUAGUGAUACCUUCCAACAUAUUUAUUGUCUGAUUUUUUUCGGAAAGAAAUCGAUUGGCAGCACUGAAGUAAACUGCAUCAUCAGCUACCAUUGGAGAAUAGGUGCUGCAUUUUGAGACCUACAUCGUAAUUUAUCAGCGUUUGUUUAACAUAUGUACGCUGUUAACAAUGAGAUAUUUUAUUCAUCACAGAUUUAUAAUGUAAGCUCCACUCAUGAUCACCCGUUAACGAUGUACUUAAAACAUUUUAGUUGUGUAUCGGUCAUCAAAAAUGAUUAGAAUGGAGUAUCAACAGAUUUUGAUGGCAACAAGCUCUUACACUUCCUUUAUACAGGUUACAUUUUGAGAAAUACAAAGCAAAACAUCCUCAAUUUUAUUUAUUUAUAUAUUUUUGAAUGCAUCACAUCAAAGUGGAAAAGGGACGUGAUUGAGAUCCUUGUGAAGCAUUGGAAAGAACUGUUAAUACUCACGAGAGUUUAAGUUAAUACAUUAAAUCUGGUUAAUGGGCUACAAAAUUAAAAAAUUAGAAGAUUUAAACUAAAAAUUAUUUCCAAAACAGCUAAUUACAAAGCUAAUAUUUGCAAGAAAACAAGGCAGAGCUGUCAGGAUGUUUAUGGAUUGUAAGCUAAAUUUAUAACAAUGACUUGAUAAUAGCGAUGAGUGACAAAAUUAAGAGUUUUCCGUACCGAGAAAAGUAAAUUGAUUCAACUUUGAAUGUUCUUUAAUACUUUUACAUUUAUAUAAUUUUUGAUGAAAACUAGAAAAAUAGAAAAACGUAGACAUUACUGACCUCACCAGAUUCUAUUAUUCCAUGUUUGCUUACCUUAUGGUUGAAGGAAUUGAGUAACCAUUACUUACAAUAGUAGAUAUGUAUAGUGCUGUUUCACUAGUCUCAGUUCUUUAAGAUUAAAUUGCAUAAUUUUAUCAUACUUUAUCAACAUGUUUGUUGCUAUUUAAGUAGAUUCUCAAACUAUCAAUAAAGUUGUAUAAGCCUUUGAAAUUUGAUGAUCAAUAUCUAAAAAAAUUUGAUUUCUCAUAAUAACCUGUAUUAAGGGCUAAUUUUCUACACUCACACAAUACAUACAUAUGAUAGUUUUAUAAUUUCUUGUUAAUACUAAUAGCUUGGACUAGUUUUUCUCAUUACAAUAGCAGGUUAAGUUUUGCUAUGAUCACUUGUUUUUCAGGUACUGGAUCUUAAUGUUUUUUUGACUACAAUUUGAUUUACCACAUUAGAAGUUGGUAUUUAAAGCCUUUGACAACGAACUUUACUAUCUUCAGACUUAAUAGACGUAAGAAAUUAUAUUAGUUUCAGUCAAAACUAGAGAAUGCUCAAAAAAUAAAUAAUACAGCACUUAAGUAAUUGUAAAUGCGUCACAUUGACAUAAAAACCAGAUUUGAAAAAUGUGGGAAGCGCUUUGCACCAACUAAAAUACACUCUUAGCAAAACUAUAACUAUUGCACAUUUUUUAAAAUAUAUGCUUAUUGAGUACUAUUAAGCAUGUAAAUGUAAUGUAGGUCUAAUUACAAGACUGCUCACGUUAUUGCUUUGUUGGAAGCGGGUUUGAAAUGAGUUGAAAUCCUCCGUUUCUUGAAUUAACAAGCAAUAUAGAUUAACCGGCAGGUAUAGCGGAUUAUCUAUUUAAUACCAAUUGCAAUAUAAGACUGUUUAGAUUUUGGUUGCUUUAAGAACGUGCUAGGCACUUCAUCAACCUUUUGACCGGACACAUCCUACUACAGAAAAGCAGUGAUGUACACAAAGUUUAUCUUGAUACAUUGUAUACUUUUGUACACAGCGGCCAAGCUGUUUUGUCUCAACUAAUUUGUUUGGGGGGGCAUUUUUCCAAACUUUACCAAAACAAAUAACUAGGCCUAGGUAAAUUAUACGUCAACUCACAAAAGAAGCAUUAGGUAAAUUAAAAGUUAAAUCAUAAAAACAUAAUAAUCAUACCUUUUAAAUAAAUGCACUCUUUUAAAUUUGUUUUGCCAUUGGUAGAAUAAUAGCAGUGGUAGUGAUCCACCAAUCCAACGGCAGUGGGCGGGGCGCUAUUGAUGACGUCUGUGGCCUCUUCAUAGAGUAAAUUAAUUCUACUAGUCUAAAUACAAAACUAAAACCGUUGCAUAUCAUCGAUGACGUAUUUAUUCGAGGUCAUUUUUAGGAUACCAGCAAAUGAAAUAUUGGUAUUUGAAGUUAUGACUAAAAACUAGCCAAACAAAUGAAUACGAACUUUCAUUGACGUAUGCAUUUUUUAGAGCUUCGAUAUAUUUGCACCACUUAAUGAAAAUGUAUCUUUUGGAGGAGGCUCAAUGAAUUAGUGUGCCAGUAUAAGUUCUGAUGGGCGUACAAAACUUAAAGGGACAACUCAAAGAAUGACGAGCAAUUGGUAUGUGAAACAUAUAUUUUAACACCAUGUUUUCCCAUAAUGCUGGCUAAGAAAUUCAACUAACAAAUAUAUCGUCUUAAAUGCUACAAGUUUUGGUCUUACAAUUAAAUUGUACUGGGCUGAAUCGGACCUUGAUUUUUGUAUUCAAGACUUACACCUUUCAAGGCACUGUUUUAGUCUAAAUUUCUUCAGGUAACUUGCAUUUUCUUAGGUUUUAUCUUGAGAUGAAAAGUCAGUGCAGUGCUGUAAUUGCUUUAUACCCUUUAGAGAAAAAACGUAACUGCGAUGAGAAAGAGGUAAAUUAUUGUGAUAAAGGAUAGAUAAAAAAAAAGAUUAAAUUCUCUUUUUAUGGUGGCAGUGUGUUCUGUCACGGUACUAGUGGUGAGCCAUUUAAAGAUGCUAUGUUGUAGUUACUUGGAAUAAGAAGUUUUAAACCUAGAUUUAAAGAAUAUUAUUGUUUGAGGAUCAUGAACCAAGAAUAAAAUAUGUUCAUGGAAUUUGUACUUGUUUCCUUUUUUAAUAAAACAGUGUUUAUAAACUUUUAGUUUUUUUGUGCAUUCAAGAAAAACUAAUUUUUUAUCCAUUUAAUUAUCAUUGGAACUAGAUUUUCCUGUUAUUAGAAAUAGCAUGUUAAUUCGAUUUUUACAUAAGUCAUUUUACAUUUCAAAUUAAUUUUCUAAAUAAUUUGUAAUGUUUUUUUCUGAAAAAUUAAAAUUUUUGAGCAUUCUACCUAUUUGACUGGGUUUGUGUAAUGCAAAGAAUGCCAAAAAAAAGGAGUAUUUUAAUACAAAUAGCCAAAUAUUAUUUUAUUGCAUUUUAAAAGAAUUCUGGCAUUCAACGAAAAACAAAUAUAGUUACUUUUUUACAAUCUAAGGUUAGACACACUUAUAACAAAAAUUGUUUUUUCAUAAACUGUAAAUCAUUAACAUAAACAAUAGAUUUUAACAAUAUUUCACAUAAAAAAAAUAAAUGAUGGUUGUUUUUUAACAUUUAUAAGUUCAGUUCUACAUUAAGAUCUACUUAUAUAAGAUAUAAUAUUCUUUGAAAUAUAUAUACACAGUUGAUCUCCUUCGCGUUAAAGAAGCAAUAUAAUUAUUAUUCUCUUCAUAACUUUUAUUAACCUGACUUGAACAUAUUGGUCUUUGGUCAAUAUUUCAAUAUACCUUAUUUAAUCUCUGUAUCAUAAUACUGUGAAAUCACUAACUUGAGAAUUAUUUAUUUUUUACAAGUUUGUAAGAAUUGGGAAUAGAAAAGUAAAUAGUUGGAUUAUGUAAUUUGCAGAAUUUUAUUAAAUAAUAACUUCAAUUACUUAAUUGAUAAUAUAUUGCAAUUGAAGAAACAUUGCCACAUUAUUAAAGGUAUAUGACAUUCAAAUAAAAAUAGUUAAAAAUUUUAAAAAGAAAAUUGUAUAGACUGAUCAAGGAUAAGGGCUAAAGUUUAAAUAAUACGUUUAUCUUAAAAACAAAAUAGUUAAAAUAGGUAGGCAUACAUUCAAUGCUUACAUGAAGUGAUCAUUACUUAUUUAUUUCUAUAAUUUUAUUUAUCUUGUGUUCACAAUGCGUACCUUGACUGGUAAACUGGCAAAAAAUGUAGCAUUGAAUUGUUUAAAUAUGGAAGUAAAUUUCACCAAUUAAAAAGUGUCCUAUUCUUCAAUACAUUUGUGCACUUGGAAAAAAUGUGUACCAAAAUUGAAUAAAACUUUUGAAUGAUUUAAAUCGAUUGGUGAAAAACGUAUAUUUAUAGGGUGUAACAAAAAGAUGUACAGUAAAUUUAAUCACAGUUUCUGGGGUCGAAAAUAAGUCGAUUUUAGCUAGCUUGCUUAAAUAAAAAAUAGAUAGGAAAAAAGUUACAGGGUGUUAAAAUAUAAAAUUCAGAAGUGAUUUUUUGCUCUUAUUCUAAAACGACUUAACACACUUUUAUGAAAAUGUACAUGGGAUGUUAAUAUACAGUGACCAAUAAAAUGGAGUCAGAGGAGUUUAAAAUUGUUUUACUUCUAUAGGUUUUUAGAAGGGUUCUGCAACCCUUCGACCGCAACUGUUUUGAUUUUUUUUUGUCUCUUAGUAUUUCUUUGUGAAAGCCAUAAUUACUGAGUUAUAGGCCCCUGAAGAAUGUCAUAGUGAAAAAUACAAAAAUUUUCUAUUGAUCUUAAACCACUGAAUAUUUAUUCACUAUUUUUUAAGUUCAUAGAUUAUCUAUAAUAGAAGGGAAUAAUUAUUGUAAAUGAAGUUGUAAAAUAGUAAAAAAAAUAGUGAAUAAAUAUUCAGUGGUUUAAGAUCAAUAGAAAAUUUUUAUUGCAUUUUCACUAUGAUUUUCCUUCAGGGGCCUAUAAAUUCAUAACAAAUGUAGGAUUUUCAGUGGCCUUCUGUUUUUAACUGAAUUCCAAUGUCUAAAAAAAGUAGAGCGUAAAAGGGAUGCGGAACCCGUCUAAAAACCUAUAGAAUUAAAACAAUUUUAUGCUUUUGAUCUUAUACCAUUUUGAUCAUAUAUCAUUUCGAUCAUUAGUUCUUUCAAACUAUGUGCUUUCGAUCAUAUCUGAUUUUGAUCAUUUGUAAGUUCGAUAAUAUGCAAUUUCGCUCAUUUGUUCUAGUUUCGAUCUUUUUUGGUUUAAGAUGUUUUCUCACUUUCGUCAUUCGACCUUUUGUACUUUAGAAAAAUUUUCCAAUCGAACUUUUGAUUUUCGGGCUUUCUUAAAAACUUUUAUUUUUUGAAUUUAUUUUACCAACUCAAAUGUAAUACUCAGGCGGUAUGACGUUACGUGAUAUCUCGUACUAUUUAAAGACCGACUUACUAUGUAUAAUUUAUUAAAUUUUGAGUAUUUCUAAGAUUUAUUUUAAUUAAAAAAAAAAAAGUUUCUAGGUCCACACACGACAAUCAUAUUAUACAGUGUAACUCCCCUUUAAACAAAAUAAAACGUGACUAAAAUUGAUCAGGGUUGUCAGUAAAUAUCAGCUAGGUUCGCUAGUGUAAUUACGACAGUGUUCCCAACUUCAAGGAUUUUACCUGACUUUCGUGUAUUCUUAUCCAACUUAUGAACCUGUCAUAAAUUUAGGCUUAGAGUUUCAUCAAAUAUUAUAGUGUUUUCCAAUUAGUAGAAUGCAAUAUUGCUUUGCAAACACACAUGUUUUAAAACAUUUACGUCACGUCAUGGAUUAAUAUAUCAUUUUAUUAACAGACAUCUAAAAAGCAGGAGGUUCUCAAUUCGUCUGAAUAUUUUUUUUUAUGUAUUCUUUACCACGUUGUCCGAUAUCUAUGAUUCUUUUAUUAUUUUGUUAGAAAGAGGGUACUCCAGGAGUGGUCCCGUAAACAUUUGCUAAAGAUCUGAUGAUGGGAUCUAUGAAAAUAUCAGUAAACUCAAUUUGUGAUGGCUUCUCGAGUCUAAUAGUCUAAUUUUAAAGAAUAAUACUAAUUUAUUAAGUUACAAUGACUAUUUUUAUUAAUGAAGUGCUUGUAUUUGGUACAAGGUUGAGUGGAACAGCUAGGGUGAACUUCGCCCGAAGAUAUUUAAAAUAAAGACAUUUAUUAAUAAUAAUAAUAAUAAUAUUUGUUUAAAAUUGGACUCCAGUUGUAUUUUUCACUUGUCAGGUUAAAAAUGAACAGCCAUUUUUCCGUAAAUACACUAGCAAACCUAGCGUAUUUUUAUUACUACCCUGAUCAAUGUUAGACUUUUUUUGGUGAGUUGAAACCGUCACUGUUAUUCUUCAAGUCAUAUUCCGUCAUUACCGUUUCUGUCUAUACAACCACUAAAUGUGUCAAAUUUGAAUUUUCAUUGAGCGAUUUUUAUUACUUUAUCAAUUUACAAUUUAGCGUUUGUUUUGUAUUUAAAAAGUAAGUAAGUUUAGUUUUUAUUUAGAGUACAUUUUUGUUUCAAAUUAAAUAUUCAGUAAAAGGUUAGGGAUAUGCUAAACUAUAGUGUAUAUAACAUUUUUUUUUUGUAAUAGGUUAAAAUAAUCCACUACAUUUUAUAAAUAUUAAAUGUAGUAGUUGCCAAGUAGACUCAUCCUAACAUGUUAGCAACACUAUAAAUUUUAACAAAAAAUUUAUAAAAUUAGUCAUUAAAAAAAAAAAAAAGAAACCGUGGACCGAUUUUAUUAGCUACACAAUUUAAGAUCUGAUUUUUGUGAAAUAACUUUUAAAUGAUCUCACAUUUUUAAAAUAAAAAAACGUGAACAAAAUGGUGGCGCGAUAAGUCUCUAAAUCUAGUGUCAAUACACUUGAGCCCUAGGGAUUCUAAAGAUGGAGUAGAGUGAUAGAGGGUGGAAACUUUGUAGCCAUUAUUAAUAUGUUCAUAAUUUAUAAUCAAUUUCAUCGAGUCAAUGUAUUUUUGUACAAUUUCAAAAAUUUUGGAAAAAAAUGGGUUAUAGAUGUUUAUUAGUAAAAAGUGAACAACAUAAAAUGAUUGUUGGGUAAAGCAUAAUUUAAAGGACAUGUAAUCAAAAUAUCACUGUUUGUUCCAAGACAUUAUGUCAAAGAAUUGCUAUUCCAUAAUUUGUGGGUUUGUUUCAUAACAAUAUCCUUUUCUCCUUCACUUUUACAACAAUUAAAUUCAAAUUAAAACAAUAAAUAUUAUUCUGCAUUAUUACAUAACCAACUCAUAUUGCAACACAUGCAAUGUUGUUAUAGGAACUAUUUUGGGUAUAUUGCAUGAGGAUUUUAUAAACUAAAAAAUAAAAUUUGACUUAAACAAAUCAUUUUUAAAAAUUCAUCACAAAAACAGAUCAUAAGAAUAGGCUGCUUUGUUACCUAUCUUUUGGUCAAAAGAAAAGCAUUUUUGUUUUUCUUCAAACUGUCAUUUGAAGUUGUUACAUUGGCAACAAUUCUCAAUGUUUAAAAGAGCUCAUCGAUCGUUGUUACGUUUGCUUUUCAUUUAAGUGUUUCAAUAUCACAGAUGUUUAUCUUCUUAUCUCUAUUUGUUUUUUUUUUUUUUCAUUAAUCAAUGAAAAUAGUCAGACUUUGCACGAUGGAUUUUUUGUUGGAAUGUGCAAAGUUUUUUAUAUCACCUCUUUCUGCUUAUUCUAACACAUAUAAUAACAUCCACUUUUUGAUAUCAUUCAUUCACUACAAUUUUGACAAACACCAAAUCUAGAGCUAACUUAAAACAACACGUGACUUAUUUAUCCUUUUAAAAUAAUCACUAAAACUUUGCUUGUGUUCGCAUCAAAAAGCAUUUCAUAUAUAUAUUUUUAAGGAUAAACUAUACAUUUAUUUGGAUAAUCCUUUUAAAAAAUAAAAGUUUGCUUAAAUCUUUUUAAAACAAAGCCAUAUCCUCUAGGCUUUCUUAAGUAAAUAAUUCCAUGAGAGAUCUAGUGUGUGCAAGUGAGAGAGAGCUAUAGUUAAAACGAACACAUUAAUUAUUAACACUUGUUUGAACAUUACUAUAAAGCAUAAUUUUUAAAUAUAUUUUUUCAUGGUUCACUAUUAAACAUUUACAACAAAUGAAGUAGAGUUACAGUAAAAUGCCUAUUUGUUUAAAUUUUUGCAGAUCAAAUAAUGGAGGAUUAUGGUAACAAUCGACACCUCGCACUUUUAUAAUCAGUUCAACUUACCCGACAAGAUAAACCAACAAUUCGUCGUUGUCGCGGUGAAACCUCCUAUGUACAUUUCAUCAAAAUUUUCAGUAGUUAUAAAAACGUAACAAUUUUGUUCUGAUGCCUUAUAAGUAUUACGCCCAAGGGAGGUCUAAAAUCACAAUAUUUUAAAAGAAAAUUACAUGAGAGGUUUCGCUAAACUGUACAGAAUGUUAGUUUCUAUGAACUGGUACAAAAAUCUAAAAAUGUGACAAAAUAUCACAUAGGAGGUUUCACCGCGGCAACGACGAAUUGCACCAGAAUAGUUUUUCGAAUGUGCCACUGCUAUUUUAAGUAUUAUAGAAAUCAUACAUUUAUCAUACUUUAAAUUGUAUAUGUUACAAUAAAAAGUAUGAUGAAAUUAUUAAAAAAAUUAUAGCAAUUCUAUUAAGAGCUUUAAAAGUCUCAUUUGCAAAGGGUUAAUGUCUCACAAGCAAACUAUGAUAUUUUACUGGUGAAUUAUAAGCAAAAAUUGAAAGGAUAAACAGUUUAACAUAUAUUUUAAAAUAUCGUUAUUUUUUUAAUUCAAAAAUUUAGCUCUAGAUUUUAGUUUAUCUAAGCACACGUUACAUAAAAUUUGUUAACAAAUAAUAAUUGUUUUGUUCCCUAUAAAACUUUUUAGUCGUUUCAAAAAGUUUUCAAUUGAAGAGAGAGCAAAAACAAAUAAAAAAAUGUAAUUAGGUGCUUGGCUAAAUAGAUGUUUGAAGUUUUAUUUAUAAAAACGUUGUACUUAACUAGUGGAGGUCUGCUAAUACUAGUGGCAACAAAUAUUCAUCUGAAUCGCCAUCUGUAGGAUUGCAUACAACUGGAUGAAGUUCCGAUCGUUUUACAGGUUUCCAUGGUUUACUCGGACACUCUAAUAUA